GCGUGAUUGUGCCUGUGAUGCUUUCACGUUCACCGUGGAAGUCGCGUGUCAACACAGCAGCAGCCGCCGCGUCCUCCUCUCCAAACUGUUCAUGCCGGAGAAAGUUUCCACGCCACUCAGAAGAGGAGAGAGGGUAAAGAUCCAGCAGCAGAGCGCGCGCUAAACUUCUCGGUGGAGACGCAACCAUGGGCACCUUGCGCGACCUCCAGUACGCGCUCCAGGAGAAGAUCGAGGAGCUGCGCCAGAGGGACGCGCUCAUUGACGAGCUGGAGCUGGAGCUCGACCAGAAGGACGAACUUAUCCAGAGGUUGCAGAACGAGCUGGACAAGUACCGAUCCGUGAUCAAACCGGCAACCCAACAGGUCCACAAGCAGAAUGAGCUGCACGAGCAGCAGCGCACGAAGAGGCAGGCUAUUUCUGCAGAACCCACUGCGUUCGACAUCCAGGAUCUUAGCCACGUCACGCUGCCUUUCUACCCCAAAAGCCCACAGUCCAAAGAUUUGAUCAAGGAGGCCAUCUUGGAUAAUGACUUCAUGAAGAACCUGGAGCUGUCUCAGAUCCAGGAGAUCGUGGACUGCAUGUACCCUGUGGAGUAUGGAAAGGACAGCUGCAUCAUAAAGGAGGGCGAUGUGGGCUCGUUGGUGUACGUCAUGGAAGAUGGGAAGGUGGAGGUGACGAAGGAGAACUUGAAGCUCUGCACCAUGGGGCCGGGAAAGGUGUUCGGAGAGCUGGCUAUUCUCUACAACUGCACUCGGACAGCCACUGUCAAGACUCUAACAAACGUGAAGCUGUGGGCCAUCGACCGACAAUGUUUCCAGACUAUCAUGAUGAGGACGGGUCUCAUCAAGCACACGGAGUAUAUGGAGUUUCUGAAAAGCGUCCCCACAUUCCACGGCCUACAGGAAGAUAUUCUGAGCAAGCUUGCUGAUGUCCUUGAGGAGACGCACUACGAAGGAGGAGAGUACAUCAUCAGACAGGGAGCCAGAGGAGACACCUUCUUCAUUAUCAGCAAAGGAAAGGUUAAUGUGACCAGGGAAGACUUGCCAAAUGGGGAGCCUGUCUACCUCCGCAGCCUUGGGAAGGGAGACUGGUUUGGAGAGAAAGCACUGCAAGGAGAGGACAUCAGAACAGCCAGCGUCAUAGCAGCAGAAGCAGUUACCUGUCUAGUCAUCGAUCGAGAUUCAUUCAAGCACCUGAUUGGAGGUUUGGAGGAUGUGUCCAGUAAAGGCCAUGAAGAUGCUGAUGCUAAAGCAAAGUAUGAGGCGGAAAAUGCUUUUUUCUUCAGUCUCAACUUGGCAGACUUCAACAUCAUCGACACUCUUGGGGUUGGUGGUUUUGGACGCGUGGAGCUGGUUCAACUCAAGAGCGAUGAGAACAAGACCUUUGCUAUGAAGAUCCUGAAGAAGCGGCACAUAGUUGACACCAGACAACAGGAGCACAUUCGUUCAGAGAAGCUCAUCAUGCAAGAAGCCCACUCUGAUUUUAUUGUUAGACUCUACAGAACCUUCAAAGACAGCAAGUACCUCUACAUGUUGAUGGAAGCCUGUUUAGGAGGAGAACUAUGGACCAUCCUCCGAGACCGGGGUUCCUUUGAGGACUCGACAACCAGGUUUUACACGGCUUGUGUGGUGGAGGCUUUUGCUUACUUGCAUUCCAAAGGCAUUAUCUACAGAGACCUGAAACCAGAGAACCUUAUAUUGGACCACAGGGGUUAUGCCAAGCUGGUGGACUUCGGCUUUGCCAAGAAGAUCGGUUUUGGGAAAAAAACGUGGACCUUCUGUGGAACACCAGAAUAUGUAGCACCAGAGAUCAUUCUGAACAAAGGUCAUGACAUCUCCGCCGACUACUGGUCACUAGGAAUCCUCAUGUUUGAACUCUUAACUGGCAGUCCCCCAUUCUCUGGCCCUGAUCCCAUGAAAACGUACAACAUCAUCCUCAGAGGCAUCGACAUGAUUGAAUUUCCAAAGAAAAUUACCAAAAAUGCUGCCAACCUUAUCAAAAAGCUAUGCAGGGAUAAUCCUUGUGAAAGAUUGGGAAAUUUGAAAAAUGGUGUCAAAGACAUUCAGAAGCACAAAUGGUUUGAGGGCUUUAACUGGGAGGGCUUAAAGAAGGGAACACUGACACCUCCUAUUAUCCCAAGUGUCACGUCACCAGUCGACACGAGUAACUUCGACAGCUUCCCAGAGGACAACGAAGACCCACCUCCUGAUGAUAACUCCGGCUGGGACGUUGACUUUUGAAGUCCUCCUCUUCGUUUUAAACCAAAACAAACUUUGUUUUUGUUGGCUUUUGAUGGCUGGGGUGCCAUCUUGGAAGACGUGGUCAGCCGGAAACAACAUUGUUUUAAAAAAAUGAAAGAAAAGACACGGAAAAGAAACACACACGAAUGGAAAGCCCUCUGGGUCACCGAUAUGCCUUUAUUUCACUGUGGCUCUGGAUAAAGCAUUUACAAUGUGACUUCUGUAGCACUUCAGUGUUUGUCUUACACUUGGGUUUGAAGGUAAAGGCGAAGGAAGUACAGGGACACAAACAUACACCAUUGAGGCUGACAAUUGAGGUCGAUUUUCCUUUGAAACGGGCAAAGUUGUUAGUGAAUGGUCAAUAGUCUAAGUUCUGCUCCAAGGAAAGAAGAGGAUGUGACAAGAGAAGAAAUGGUGACCUUUCUUACCUAGAAGUUGGUAUUUCUGCAAUAUUUGGAAGACCUUAAGAGGGGAUAUGAAGUUACUGUAGUUGCUGCCUAUUUUCCGGCAUGCCAAUACUUGCUGCGACUUAUGAUAGUUUCCAGAAAUCUACAUACUGUAGUUUCCCAGUAUCAAGUGCUCAAGACGAUCCUGAAUGUCAGAUUUUCUCAUUAUUUAACAUACCUAUAUGGCUUACAGUAUGUAUGGUACAUUGUAUUUGAAUUUGCAAGAUACAUCCUCACACACGAACACAGCCCAGAUAAGUUUAAAGGCUUAGGACACUUUCUUUUAGACCUCGAAAAGCACAAACACUGUGCAUUCAGUGAAAAGAAUCAUGACUUUUAAGUGCCCUGCUUAAAGUUUAAUGAGGAACACACCGGCAGAUGUGACAUGUCAGCUCGUAUCUCCACCAAGCAAUGUGUUAUUAUGCACUUAAGACCAUUAACUGAGAAAAUUAGCAGUUAUAGCGCAUUUUAAGCUUUAGUAUAAGUCAUAAUCUUCAUUUUAAUGCUCUUUUAAUCACUCACGUAAAAGCUUUGCCAUCUACAUUCUUCUUUGGUUUGUUUUAAAGUCACUUAAACGGCUCUUACGGUUACCUUCACCCAAACCAGACGUCCUCUGUCUGCUCCUGUACAGUUCUGACACAACUGUGAACAUGGUUUGAUGUCUUGGUACUGUUAAUUAACUAUGAUAAGCGAUGCUAAGAUGGCGGUACUGGUUCUUGUUUUUGUAUUGUGAUUUGUUUUGUGCCUAUUUUUUUUGUCAAGUAUCUGAAGUCAUUUUCUAGAAUUCUAUAUAUUUUUCCAGUUGUUUUUUUUUUUUCAGAGACUUGCGUAAGUUUGUAAACUUAAGUGAAAAUUUGUCUUAGAUCACUUGACGCCCUAUUGCAUUGUGCUUAGUGGUAUUUUACAGGGAUUUACCUAUGUUGAGUUUGUUCUAAAUUUAGGAAAUCUCUGGUUGAGCUUAGUUAUAAUGAUAUUAAUGACAUCUUUUGGGAGUUUUACAGUGUGUCGAUGGAAAGAAAAAGAAAUGUGAAGGCUCAACUUUGCACCAUAAUCUCUCAACCAUCACAAAACUCAUCACCUCUUACAAAAAAUGACAACACGCGAUCAAACGGAUUCCAAGUGCCUUAAGUCAAUGGCAUAUAAAUUAAACAUGACACAAUCUUUGCAAAUGCUGCACAAAUGCAUACACACAACUAAACUCAUUCAUUCUCACAUGACUCUUCCUUUUCAACCUUUGUUUUAGCUAAUAAUUACACUAAUCAUUGUGAUAAGAGUACUAGGAAAGCUGACAGAAGUGUGUAUUAAAUACUGCUUAAACUGUUGAUUUAUCUCAUGGGAACAUUUAUUUACACUAACAUCCUCAUAAUCUGUCAAACCCGAUGUAGCUGCAAUGACAUGCUUUUCUCUACUUCUGUGAUCUUGAAAAAACACCCACAAAUGACAUGAUAUAAAACACCCGUGAGCACUAAUCAUAACUCUGACAGACCACCCAUUACCUUUCAGCCAUGAAAUCAGAGAAAGGCAGGAAUGAUUUGCAGAUUUGAAAGUUCGACUUACCACAUUUGACAAUCUUCAAUUGAAGAAACACACAAGCCAGAUCCUCAUCCUUAACAUUCUCCUUUUUACGGUUUAGUUUUGACUAAGGUAGAAGGUGUUUGAUUUCAGUACGGAGAGCAAACUCCACGUUUAAACUAUUUAUUUGAUGAAAAGUAUAAAUCUUAAUUCUGUACAUCCUGAGAAUCUUUAGAACUUUGCUGUUAAUGGCAGAUUGUGCUUGUUACAAAGCCUUAUGUCGGUUAUGUCACUUUCCAGACCAUUUGGUUUUGUUUUUUCCUGACUGCCUUCUGCAAAAGUUACCUGAUAUUUGCCUUGUGUUUUGCUGUUUUUCUGCUGUAAAUUCGUUUUGCAGAGUGCCACUUGUAAGAUUUUUAAAAUUAUAAAGUAAAAAAAAUAACAAUA